AUGAGAAGGAGAAGUAAUUUUAUCUGGAACAUUUGUGUAAAUUCUGGGUACUAUUCCUAUAUAGGUGAAGAUUGUAUUGUUAAAGAUAUGUCAGCUUCAAAAAUAUACAAUAAAAAAGAGAAAAAAUAUACAUUAAAUUUUUUUAUAUUUACCUUUUUAAUUUGGAUACUACAGUGUUCUAAUAAUUGGAAUUCUUGCAGAUCAUGGAAUCACGAAAGUGACUUAAAAAAUGUGCUAAAUUUAGGAGAUAAAAGAUCAUUAGCGGAAAAUAAGGGUAUAAUAAAACAAAGAAGCGAAGGAUUAAAAUUAUACGAAGAACAAGAUAUAAUAGAGGUAAAUUUAGACUUAGAGAAUAAACAAAUUGGAAUAGGGGAAAAUAUAGAUGCAAAACAAGAAAAUGAACAAGAGGAAAAAGGGGAAAAUAAAAAAUUAAAAUUAAAAGAAAGUAUUUUGGAAAAGUGUAAAAAUAAUUUCAAACUAGUUCUUUUAUCUAUUCUUUUUAUCCUAUCUUUUAUUUCACUUAUAUUUAUUUUAAUUGAUUAUUUUGAUCUUGAUUUGCAAAGGUUUUUGUGGGUUAUUAGAUCUUCUAAAAUAUCUAUUUUAAUACUUUCAUUCCUUACAUUGUACGAGCAAAUAAAAAAAAAACGUAAUAAUAAAUCUUAA